AAAAAACCCUCAGCUGAAACAGGUGAGGGCAAGAGCUCCCCGACCUGCCGCCGGGGCGGGGAGUCCGCGAGAAGCCUGCUUCCGUUCUGGGAGCCCAGAUUGAGGCUCAUUGGUUCACAUAGAUGAGUGACAGGCCCCGAGCCAAUGGAAGGUUAAGCUCGCCGAGGCUCCCGCCUAGUAGGCUGCUUCCUGUCGGGCAUCGGUCCCGCGCGUGUGGGUGAGCUGCCGCCGUCCCGGAGUGAGGGGAAUGACAGGGAGCACGUGUCUCCGCAGUGGCUCCUCGCCAGCCCUUCGACUUGGAUUCUGACCCGAGUUCCGCGGCCCCGCGCGUGGCUGCGUAGGGCGGGGCCGUCCGACCCGACCUCUGCCUCGGGCCCGCGCCCACCGGAAGUUACCUCGUUCACACCGAGGGCGCGGCGGCCCAGCGCAAGCCCCGGGGCCGGCUUGACGGAACUCGAGCUGGACAGACCGCAGCGCUGACCGCGGCGGGCGAGGUGAGCGCCGCCCCGAACGCGACGUCACCUUCAUCGCCGGCGAUUGGCCGGGGGAGGCUGCGGCAGCCAAGGGGCGCCUCGCUCGGGGCGCGGCUCUUCAAACCUUUCCUCCGCGGCCGCUGUCAGCCGGGUCCUUCCAGGGCCUGGCACGCCGUUCCUGGACGGCUGCCCUGCUCCCUCGCUUUUCCUCCCUCUAGAGUGCUGGUCGGAAGGAGCUGCCCGAGAGGAUGGAGGGCACAGGGUCAGGAACGAGGUCAGAGACUCCCUUGGGUUGGGACUACACGGAAGGGAUUAGGAGCCCGGGUCCGGGUCAAGGAGGUUUGGUCGCAGGAGGGACCCAGUAGCUGACUUACAACGCUUGAAAAUGUGAAAUUCUGAUCAGGCCGAGCAUGCUGUACGGAAGAAGCGGCGUUGCUUUUGUAACCACUGAGCUGUGGAUUUGUCUCCCCUUUAUGUGUGAGCUCCUCGGGGACAGACAGCUGUCUUUCUCAUCGGCCCCGAGCAAGGAAUCAAUAAAUGCCUGUAGAACGAAUACAUGACUAGGUGAGGUCCAGUUGAAAUCAUUGUUAUAUAGGUCCCUGGAAAACCAGUACCACUGGUCUUUUUUAAAUCCACUCUAAGUACUGGAUUUAAUAAACCAAUACUUCCCUUGUGCCUAUCGUGAUAUGUGCCAGUACUUAAGCCCGUUUUUCCAUCUGUUCCACGCAGACGGGGUAGGUACAGACAGCGCCCUUUCCUACCCCCUGCUUUUGUAAAACUGAAGAAACGGAAUCGGACUCCGAGAGCCUAACUGGCCAAGGACACAGACACGGCCACCUGCAGAGGCAAACGUGGGAACCCUGGAGCUGGUUGUAACCUGCACAGGGCACUGUCUCCCAAGCGCUCCGCUUUGCGCUGGUGGGAGGAGCACAGUGUGGUUGUAAAGGCUACUUUCUCUGGGAGUCUCCUCUGUCAAAUGGGGGGAAUUCUGCUUCCCAAGGUUACACGGGAUAACGUGCCUGACACUGGGAAUUUGGAGCUGGAGGGGCUCAGAUCCUAGGCCAACGUCUAAGGGAGAGGCCACUUAAAUACCUGGUGCCCACUCUGGGCGACGCCGAGCUUGCUGGAGUCCAAGGGAGGACAGGGAAAGUGCCUCCAUUCUAGGCAGCCCCUGAAUCUGGUAGGAUUCCUAACCCUGUCCCGCCGCCCACCCCAUUCAGGUGGCGGCCAGCAGAGGGCGCCGCCCGAGCAUGGCCGAGGAGCGCCGAGGAUCCUGGUUCGGCUUCGGUUUCUGCGGCUUCGGGCAGGCGCUGGGCUCGGGGCGCGGGCGCCAGGUGCACAGCCCCGAGCCGCUGCAGACCCCGGGCGAGGACGUCUGCCGCGUGAGCGCGAGCUGGAGCUACACCGCCUUCGUGACCCGUGGAGGCCGGCUGGAGCUGUCGGGCUCCGCGGGCUGCGCGGCGGGCGGCUGCAGGGACGCGUGGGCCUCGGAGGCGCUCCUCGUGGUGCUGCGCGCCGGGCCGGGACGCGGGGCCGGGACGGAGCUGCAGGCCUGGGCGCCGGGUUCGGCGCUGAGCGGAGAGCCCCUGUGGGCCCACACCGUGGGGCCGGAGGCCGAGGGGGAAGACGCACCGGGCGGUGAGCCCCAGGCCGGGGCCCUGCCCCUGUUGCCCGGCGCGCGGGCCUACGUGAGUCCGCGGCCGCCCUUCUACAGCCCUCUGGCCCCCGAGCUGCGGGCGCGCCGGCUGGAGCUGGGCGCCGAGCACGCGUUGCUGCUGGACGAGGCGGGCCAGGUGUUCUCCUGGGGCCAGGGCCGGCAUGGACAGCUGGGCCACGGGACUCUGGAGGCCGAGCUGGAGCCGAGGCCGCUGGAGGCGCUGCAGGGCGUACCCAUGGCUGAGGUGGCUGCAGGGGGCUGGCACUCCGUGUGUGUGAGUGAGACUGGCGAUAUUUAUAUCUGGGGCUGGAACGAAUCUGGGCAGCUGGCCCUGCCCAGCAGGAGCCUGGCGGAGGUUGGCAAGACCGCUGCAGGGGAAGCCAGUGGACCGAAGGAAGACGGUUCUGACGUGAGGACGGCCGAGGGUGAGAGUGGAGGCCUGGCCCCCUUCGUAGCCAUCCAGCCCUUCCCCGCUUUACUGGAUCUCCCCCCGGGCACAGAUGCAGUCAAGGCCAGCUGUGGAUCCCGGCACACAGCAGUGGUGACCAGAACGGGGGAGCUCUACACCUGGGGCUGGGGUAAAUACGGACAGCUUGGCCACGAGGACACGAGCAGCUUGGAUCGGCCCCGCCGAGUGGAGUAUUUUGUAGACAAGCGGCUCCAGUUAACAUCUGUGAGACUCCCACCCCCGGCAAGGAAGCCAGCAGCCCAGAUGCCCGCACCCGCCCCUCCCGCCUCACCUCAGGGCCGCGCCUUCCACUUUGUCCUCAUGUUAGAAACACCUGGGAGCUUUGGAAGCGAAGCCCAAGGGCAGCACUGCAGACGCUGUGGGAUCAGACCCUCCACGUGGGGAGCCUAGGCUGGGGUAGAUUUUGAAGCUCCCCCACCUGGCCCGAGGUGACUGAAGUUAGGGUGGAGAUUGGGUACCACUGGGGGUCAUCUUUUGUUACUCCCUCCCCUAUUCUCUCUUAGAAUUGUGUCACCCUUGCGCGUGUCCUUAUAGUUUGUCUGCCUUUGAACUUUAUGUAAAUGGAACCAUUCUGCGUA